AUGUCUGAGAUUCGCCCUCAGUUUUUCCUCGUUCGCGAGAACAACGCCAUUACUCCUCUCAUUGCCCUCGAUGAGCUGCCGAAUGAGAUCAGCAUCCACGGCGUGCCACGCAACAUGAACGUGUCCGACACUCGCGGCAUGACCAGCGUCGGCACUGUCCCUACCCGUGGCGUUUACUACAUCGUCGACGGCCAUCAUUGCAGCGUUGGCAUUACCGAGGCCAAGAAUGACUCCUUCGCUCUCACCACCUUCUAUGGUAAGGGCAAGGGCCGUCAUUACGACAAGAAGCAUGAUGGCAGCACCGACAAGCCAGCGAAAGUCUACUGCUCGUACUGGAUCCGCACUGGCGAGUGUGACUUUGAGCAGCAGGGCUGCCGCUACAAGCACAUUAUGCCAACCGAUAUUGAGACCCUGGAGACCAUCGGGCUGCAGGAGAUCCCAGCUUGGUAUCGUGACAAGCACAAUAUCCCCAGUCUUCGCUCUCGUUCGCGUGUUGGUGCUAGCUACACUCAGAACAACUGGCGCAAGCGUGCAGCUCCGAUGAAAGCCAUCGAGUACGGCCAUGGCAAGGAGAAGAGCGAUGUCAGGAGCAUCAAGACAAUCUCUGAGACCAAGACUAUUACCCCCGAGACCCCCUCCAUGGCCGGGGAAACCGUCACUGAAGCCCAGGUCGUUGAUGAUCCUCUCGACAUGGUGUACAGAGCUGGUCUCAACACCACCACCACCACCACCACCACCACCAAGAACAACACUACCAAUGGCUCAAGUCCUGUCACCCCGCCAAGCAUCAGCCGCUUCAUUGACUUUGAACGCAUUGGAAACGCAUCGUUCUCCUAUAAGUAUGAUGCACCUCAGACCCCGACUGGCAGCGGCCCCGUUCGUUCUCGCCGUCUCUUUGAAUCUCAAGGUCCUAACCAUGAAUAUAGUAUGUCUCCAGAAACUAUCCCUUCAAUGACUGAUACAGUGAACUCAUUCUCGCCGUUCAGCUCCCUGGGAGGAACCCCGCGGUCGACUACGAUUCAACCGCCAGUGACCAACAACAAGACCAAACGGUACAGUGUGGCCGAAGAGGACAUCAAUGCUGCCGAUGACACCCUUGACAACCUCAGCAAUGAACUCGCCAAGUUCGACAAUUCCGAGCCCAAAUACCGUAGCAUCAGCGAGUUGCUUGAUUCUUCCAUCCCUGAGGAUCGCUAUGGGAACUUGAUCUUGUUCUGA